AUUGCAUUGGGCAGCGUUGUCUAUUGGUCCUAAAGUCGAAAGUCGAUUGAAGAAAGAAACCAUCUGUAUCUCGAGUGAAGAUUGGUUCAACAGAAAACGAAUUUCUGAACAUAAAGAACUGGUAUGCCCCCUUGUGUCCGAAGAGGAGCAGCAACUCAACAUCGUAAGUCAACAGUUAACAGAGAAAUAAUAAACAUCAAGAAUAUCUAUCAACAAAAAUAUUGAUUUUUACGAAUUCUCCUAUAAUUGAGAUCAUGGUAGCGUCUGGCAGACUCGUCGCUGACCCUUUUGAGAAAGGCGAUGACGCCUUGGCAGGAUGUGGAACAGGGCAGAAAGAAGACGAUCCUGCUCAAAGUGGAAGUAGCCAGUGCAGCAAAGGCGAGGACGAGAGUGACCAAGAGCUUGCGGGGCGACGAGGGGCGGCUGCUUCUUCGGUCGCGGAUGUUCUGUUUCGCAGCGAAUGGUUUCUGUCCCGUGUGCUGACCUUUUCUUCGUGGGAGACGCGACUCGAGGCAAUGCUGAUAGCGAAAAUGACAAGUGACCAGCAGGAAGCCUAUUGGUCCUUCCUCUGCAUGCGGCUAGCAGAAGAGCGGUGCUUGACGCUGUUGCCGCGACGAUUUUUUCCGAAACUGCACAUAACAAGUGCAAAGGCCUACUUCCAGCGUCUGUGGAAGCAAAGAAAUCGAUUUUUGCUUGCGGUGGAUCCAUUGGUGCAAGUUUUGCCGAGCCGUGAGAAACUGUUGCCAGAAGACGAAAAAAACGCUCAACCGGAACAGGAUCCAACGGAAGAGUCCAAGCAAGGAGAAGUAAAGGUCAGUCCACCUUCUGACGCGGAUGCGUCGGAGCCUGAACCGGAGCAGGUUUUUCAAACCGUGUGCCGAUUCCGACCUGCUUCGUGUUUCCGGGAAACGUUAAGGUCAGUUGUUAAGUAAGUACUAGCCUAGAGCGACGCGUAGCUCAUUUCCGCACUAGAAUCACCACGCACCACCACAAACCAAAAAAAAAAGCAUGCCGGCGCACGUGCAGGCACCGACCUAAAAUCUUUUCUAUGCAACCACAGAAAGGAAACCCUUCCACAUCCUGAAGGAUAGCCAAGAAGGCGCCGGGAAGGGGGCGGGACGUUCUGGGAUCUAGUAACGUCCGAGAAAAGUAGCCGAGGCCGCUGCCCUCUCUCCUUCUAUUAAUGUCCGGGAAAAUUGGCCGGGGCCGCUCCCUCCCUCUUCUUCUAUAUUUGUCUGAGAAAAUACCGAGACUGAUGGACAGGGGGAACCGCUGCCCCCCUCUCCUAUGGCCGGGACUGCUGUCCCCCUCUGCUUCUAUUAAUGUCCGAGAAAAGCCGAGGCCGGUGGACUGACUCCAGGGCGGCGGCUGUCCUCCUCUUCUUCUAUUAAUGUCCGAGAAAAGUGCCCGAGGCGGCUGCCCUCCUCUUCUUCUAUUAAUGUACGUCCGAGAAGAGCCGAGACCGAUGGACAGGACGGCGGGCGCCCUCUUGUUCUUCUAUUAAUGUCCGAGAAAAGCCGAGGCCGAUGGGCUGGGUGGUGGUUGCCCUGGUCCUCUUCUAUUAAUGUCCGAGAAAAGUAGCCGAGGCUACUGCCCUCCUUCUGUUCUUCUAUUAAUGUCCGAGAAAAGUAGCCGAGGCUGCUGCUCUCCUCCUCUCCUUCUAUUGAUGUCCGAGAAAAGUCGAGACCGAUGGAGAGGGCAAGACACGGCCUACCCUCCUCUCAGCGCUUGGCCUUCAAUUUUGGCCAAAUUGCUAAACUUUUGACUUUAAGCCAUUCGAGUGAAAUUAGAAACCUGACCGACCCGGGCGCGGUGUGUCCCUCUCUUUCUGAUCCAGCGCGGGGGCUUCUCUAUCUGGGCUGGAAGGUCUACAAAUUUUAGCCAAGGUGCCAACCUUUUGACUUUGAUCAAUUACAGUUUGGGCGAAAUUAGAAACCCAUCGCGCGCAUGGCUUCCCUUUUUUUCGGCGUUUGUUAGUUUUUAAAUUUUGGCCAAAGUGCUAAAUUUUUGAUUUUAAACCAUUUGGAGCGAAAUUAGAAACCAACCGCGCGCACUGCCUCCCUUUUUUUUCGGCGUUUGUUUUUAAAUUUUAGCCAAGGCGCCAACUUUUUGACUUUGAUCAAUUACAAUUUGGGCGAAAUUAGAAACCCAUCGCGCGCAUGGCUUCCCUUUUUUUCGGCGUUUGUUAGUUUUUAAAUUUUGGCCAAAGGGCUAAGCUUUUGACUUUAAACCAUUUGGAGCGAAAUUAGAAACCAACCGCGCGCACUGCCUCCCUUUUUUUUCGGCGUUUGUUUUUAAAUUUUGGCCAAAGUUCUAAACUUUUGAUUUUAAACCAUUUUGAGUGAAAUUAGGCACCUGGCUGGGCGCGGUGCCCAAGCCAUCUGGAUCUAAACCGUCGGGAUCUAAACCACCGGGACCGAAACCGUCGGGAUCUAAACCAUCGGGAUCUAAACCAUCGGGAUCUAAACCAUCGGGAUCUAAACCAUCGGGACCUAAACCAUCGGGACCUAAACCAUCGGGAUCUAAACCGUCGGGAUCUAAGCCGUCGGGAUCUAAACCAUCUGCCUUCGUCGUGUGUGUGUGGCGGUGUUUUUUUUUUGAGCGUUUUGAAAUUUGGUUGUUUAUUGUUCAUUCUGUUUUUGUAUUAACAUUUCUUGAAGUACUUGUGGUUCAUGUUCAUCUGGUUGCAUGCUGAUCAACACUUAGAAGACAGCCCGACUGAAGAUCUUGCCUAUGUAUAUCUUUCUAUGGAGCUUUUGUCGCACUGUCACUGACAUAUCAUGUCAACAUAAUGUUCAUUCUAAAAUCAUGUCAACAUAAUGUUCAUUCUAAAAGCCGCAGAGAACACCUCAUCGCAUAACAAAGUGACUAUUCCUCUGCACCAGCGCGUAAGCUUGUGGCGGCAAAAGGGCUUUUCGAAAGUUGAAGCGCAGAAAAAGGCGCUCGCUUUCGAAAGAGGUCUUCAACUGGCCAGGAGAGGCGCAGGAACUGGUGCAGAGACAUCAACCGGGCUUCCACAUGGAGCAGGAGAAGAUGAGGACAAGGGCCACGAUGAUGCAGAGGAGUUUGCGUUUUCUUUGAAGCCUUCUAGUGGCACUAUUGCGGUGAAGAAAGGAGAUGGUGAAGGUGAUGAGUUGCAGAUGGGGAGUAACAAGAACAUGCAAAAGGAAGAAAUGACAUCAAAAUCUGACGGCAGCACCAGCACAGUCGCUGCCACGUCUUCCUCGACUUCUUCUGUGGGUGCGACUAGCCAAUACCAGUUACGUGCGAGCAUCCUUAAUUUCACCGGAACCGAAGUUUACACCCUUUGCCCAGGAGUAGGAGCGAAGCGUUACGAGUACGACGAUGUCUUAGGCGAGAAAUCCCACACUCUGCAUCUCUUCGACCUGUCGUUGCCUUUGAUCAACACUUUCUUAAACGGCGAAGAUUCUUGCAUCUUUUGCUACGGACAAACGGGGUCUGGGAAAACCUUCACAAUGUUCGGCGAAGAUUUGGAAACCACUGAAGACCUGGCGCGAUUGUCUGCCACGGCCAAAGAACUCUAUCCAGAACGUGAGACCAGCAUUUACGGAGAAGCUUCAAAUGAAGGGAGAAGUAAGAGUGCAUCUACGCGUACGAACUACGAAGUAGUCGGCGGAUCAUCGCCAUCUUCGACUACGAUGCUUGGAGGUUCGGCACCUCCCACGGACGAUCGCUUUGGGCUAAUACCGCAUGCGCUUCUCUACCUUCUCCGAAAGAAGCCUGAGCGACUACAAAUAUCGCUCUCUUUUGUUUAUGUGAUGACGACGUAAAAAUAUUUUGUUUUCAUCGAAGAAGCGGAAGGAAAACGGCUCUGAGAACUGAGUUCUCUCAAGAUGCAACAUCUUUUGUUUUUUGUUAGAAAGAUCGUUUCUUGAAUUCUAAGGCUCUCGAGAUUGUUUUCAUCGAGCUGUUUACGAGUAGAGGAUCGAUACUGUCACUGUGUAUUUCAGUACUCAUAUUGCCAGAAGACCUGAUUUCGUGGAACUUCGUACGCAAUUUGUUAGAUAUUUGUUAAUUGUUAGCCCCUAUCGAUGAGAAAGAAUGGUUGAACCUUUCUUGUACUUCUUGGAUGAUGCUGUUGUCCUUUCAUACAGCAGAGGUGUUUGGAAAUCAAGUCCGCGACUUGCUUACGGGCCGUCCUGUUGUUUCUUUGCUGACGACUCCUGCUACUGAGAAACCGCUUGACUCAGCAAACGAUAUCUUCACAUUUCUGCAAGCAGGUGCGCAGCAUAAGCGCGCAGCGGCCACGGCAAUGAACGAGAAGAGCACGCGGGCUCACGCAGUGGUAAUAGCCAAGCUCCACGAUGCAACCGGAGAACCGACAUCCAAAUUUGUCCUGGUGGAUUUGGGUAUUUCUAACUACUCCGUUUUCCUUUUGAUGUUGAUGUAAGUAGACAAAAAGUUUUAUGUUCGACUUUGAGUGAUUCAACACGAAAGGUUAAUGUUAAUAAAUCUAACCUUGUUCUUCUUGUUGAUAAGAUGACAUUCCACAUCCUCCAGGUGGUUCGGAGAAGCUUGAGCGGUCCAGGGUGCACGAGGAUGUGAAAGCACCUGGUGGUUUUGUUUCGGGUGACCAGGUGUUUGCCGAGACAACGUGGGCCGAGUACUACAAGUCUAGAACCAGGGUGCAGGAAACGGCAUACAUCAAUCUUGGACUUCUGUCCCUAAAACGAUGCAUUGCAGCAUUACUGGAGACAGCAGACGCAGAGAAAAUGAAGAACAUUGCAUUUAAGGAUCAGGAAGAUUUACUGUACCAGUGCUUAGUAGGCGGCAAUAAAGGUAAAAUUAAAAAUAUUAUGUGUGCUCAACCUCAACAAGACGAUCACAGAUGAUGUUGUCAAGAAUUACGAUUUUUAUCGGAUUAAAUAUGGUAUUGCCCCCUAAUUAUUGUAAGAAUGUCGUGAGUCUCCGCCCCGCGCUAAAGUGACGGCAACAGAACAGCAUCGCAUUCCGUUUUACGACAGUAAGCUGACGCAAAUUAUGCGGGACUCGUUGCUAUCGCGAAAUUUGCUUUGCGUCAUCUGCGCGGGACCUGAAGAGGCCAACGCGGUGGAAACGAUUGCCAGUCUGCGAUUCGGAGAAACCUGCCGACAGCUUGGAUCGACUAAAUCAAACAAAAGUACUAACAGGAGUGGCACUUCUGCUAGUCAGCACGGUCAACAAAAUGGGGGUUCAAGUUCAGGCGGGGACCUGGUGAAUGCAGUCCGCGUGCUGGAUGACAGGAUUAAGGCAUUGCAAGCCGACAUAAAGAGCAAGGAAAAGUGGGAGUGGCGUGUCACACAGAAGACGGACGUCGUAGAUGCGAUGGAAGGGGUGACAAAGCUCAACGCAGAAGAAGAAAUGGAGCUCGGCGGUCUCGGCGCAGUGGAAUUCCUAAAGGAAGAAGAAAAUUAUGAUUUCAUUCUUUGUUACUCCUAGUGGUCUGGUAGUCAGUGUAGUUCUAUAAUGGGUGCGGUGGAUUUCGAUUUAUUGGAUUUCAUUUUGGAAUCAGAAAAUGAUCUGUCUCCUUAAGGCUCCUAUCUGGUCCCUUUGUCGUUUUUACACGACCAUCGCAACCCAACUUCUUCUAAGACACAGGUAAAAAGGAUGUGAUUAACCACUCGGUCGGUGGAUACUUCCUCGUAGGCGCCGAAGAAGAGAAUUUACUCUUAGCAAAGCUGUCCGAGCAAAGAAGAAUGCUGGUGGGAGAAGCUUGAUCAGCACUGCGUCACCACGUCCUCGCCAACAGGUUGUCAUCUUGAAGACAUUUAACGAUUAUAAUGAACAAAUCUCAAGAUUCUUUUCUUUCGCUAUGUUACCUUCCUCUUCGAUAUCGAAUUGGACAUUUUUUGAAACAGAAGUAAAUGUAGCACAUCCUUCUGACCACAAACUCCUUAGCGCGGAACAAGCACAUUCACCAUUGUAUUUUCGUAGAAGAUACAUCAAUCCAGCUUCUGCGAGAUCUACUUCUUGGAAGUAGUUAAUAUUUUUGGUCAGAAAAUUUACAUGGGAUACUAAGACCAUCUAUGACUCCUUUUUCCGUUGGCAAUGGGUUGUUAUCUAAAUGGUUGCAUCUCUUAUUCUGUCACCAGAUGUCGUCCUACACCUCCAUUUGUAUUUCGACCAACGGCGCCAGAUGUCUACUUCCGGAAAAACUCAUGUCAUCCUUUGUUCCGAUAAAAAAAAAGGGACUUGAAUGAUGCUGCUUUUUUCCGGUGGAAUGUAAAUUGGCACAUAUUACAGUGCAAUUUGUAGCACGCAUGGCGCAUGGGACGGACAGAACGAAUGGCGCGAAUGACGCACCCCAAUAAACUCCAAAAAUGUAGCGAAUGGCACAGGUUGACAGGUCUUCGCCGGUUGGCGCACUUGGUCUCCCUUCGAGGAGUCGUUAGUCGCAUGCAGUGCCCGGCCAGCUCCCUUACCGUUGAAAAUGGCAAGGGAGCUGGCAAGAGAAUGAAGGGAAAACAUGGCCCAGCCUGAUACUAGGUUCGCUGUCUUGAUAUCUCUAUCUGUAGCAGGUACUUUUACUGUGCAGGAGAUGCGUGACAAAAUAUAGAGAAAGAUGACGUCGUAUCGGCAGUUUCGAAUCCUCCGGAUGGCGCACAGAGGGAGCCCCUGGUGGUGUGCGUAGUAGUAC